AUGAUUAACAAUAUAGAUCAUUCGAAGGCUCCCAUCACGUUAAAAAUUAAUAUCCCUGAUAAAGGGAUUUACGAGGUUAGACUUGUUGCUUUGCCCUUAAUCGUAAGAAACUCUUUAUAUCUUGAUUAGAUUGCAUAAACUAUCUUUGUUAAGUGUUAUUGCAGGAGGAAACUCGAACUAAACUAACUUUAUUUAUACUGAAUAGCUCUAUCAGUUCUAAACCUUUCUUCCUAGAGGUCCAGUAUAGAUCAUCUCAUAUUGUUGCAGUAUUACUACAGGAGGAAACCUAAAUUAUUAAACUAACUUUCUUUAUACUGGAUAGCUAUUUCAGUUCCUUACUGUUCCUUUUUCUGCAGUAUUAGUAUAUACAUGCAGCCGGAAGAAACCUAAACUUUAUUUAUUACAUAGAAGUAGAACUUAUAUAGAGCUAUCCAAUGUUGUCUUGUAGAAACGAUUUACCUUCAACUCUGAAGAUAAGGUUUGGGCCGCUAAAGAACAAAUUAUACAUGAAAUAGGAAAGGUGAGAAAGGUAUUUAGUUCAGGCUGCCGUGAUUUAAGUCUGACUUUCCUGAAAAUAAUCGAACGUACUUUGUUUUCGACGUUUUGAACGAAUCAACGAAGGACACAGAUCGUUAGGUGCUUUUGUUGUUACUAACACCUUCCGAAGGCUCUUCUGAAAUCUUUUUCUAGUUGUCGAGACACAAACCACGACAGCUCAAUGUACAAUACUACCUAAACUGGCUCCUCCCCACAUUUGAGAUAUCUUUUUCAGGUAGUUCAGACACAAACCAUGCAGCUUAUUGUAGAUUAAUGGCCACACUGGACCACCACGUUGGAACUGGCUUAUCAGCAGUCAUCAUAUCGUAACUUUUUGUAUGUGACUAUAUUUCAGGAGUUAAAAGAUAUUCAGAACUAUGGGUUUUUCGUGCCUCCACACCAAGGGAAGGCGGGAAAAUUUAUGGACGAAGGAAGACCUCUAGCUGAAUAUUCCAUUCCUGGAAAUGAUCAAAUUCUUGAGGUAUUUAUAUUCCUAAACAGAAAUUAUAGUUUUUAAAGUAAUAUUGGUUGUCCACUUGGCCAUGGUUUAAUGUGCUCUCAGAGCUCUGGCCUCUGAGCUUAUGGCGAUGCUGAUUGACUUAUGUGGAUUUAUAUCGCUUUGGGUGUAUAGAGAUAAAAUUUCUGGCAUGUCAAUAGCUGAGUGGUCACAGUGCUGGCACAUCGAACCAGAUACCUUGUGUUCGAAUCCUGUUGGGGACAUAAAUUACUGGGUUUUUUCAUUAAGAGAUUCGACCACAAGUUACGAAAAUCAUAUUUAUCUAAAGUUCUACUUUAUCAAUUAUUGUAGUUCAUGUUAAAGAGGCGGAUAUAUCGAUCAAUCAGUUAUGAUGAGAAUAAACUUACAAAAGUUCAUACAAAGGUAUGGCUUCCUGAGCUUAACUAAACAGUAACAAAUGUCCGUUUAGUACCAUGUACUUCUUAACAGUCCAACCUCGAAUUAACUGACUUGAUGUUCCAUUCAGUAGAGAUUUUCGCGUGCCAAAUUAUAACGGCACUUCGUAAAAUGUAAUUUGUUAAUUGAAAGAAUCCAUUAAUUUAUUUUAAGAACUGUUUAUACGUAUUUAAUUUGCAGGCAAAUCUGAAGAAGCUCGUGGAACUGGUUGAACAAAACAACGCUGGUCAGGUUAACCAAUUCCUGGAAAAAGGGCUAGAUCCAAAUUUCCAAGACCCGAAGAGCGGAGGUGAAUUUCAAAUUAUUUUAUCUUUAUUCAACUGUUUGAAUAAGUUUUAUAUCAAUAUGUUUAUUAAUAGUAUUUUAUUAAAUUGUUGGGACCGGAGGUAUUUGUCCACAUAAUAGGGGGGGACACCGCUUAAGAGAGGCCUGCGCUUAAGAGAGGUGUCCGUUAAUGAGGAUUCGACUGUAUUUUGCUUGGGUAAUUCACUAUAAACUUAAUGAUUUAUUUCUCAUUUACGUAGAGACGCCUCUUACAGCAGCUGCGGUGAAGAAGAACGCGAACGAAGUGAUUAUGUUCCUCAUCAAUGGCGGAGCUUAUUUUGAUUUUAAAAAUCGUAAUGGACUCACCGCAGUACACAAGGCUGCUGUCGCGGGCAACUCUCAUAAUAUCAAGGUACUGACUUUCUUGUAUUCCAAUCUGACCAAGAUUCGCGAUUAUAAUUUCACGUCAAUCACAUGUCACUGUCAGUUUGUUAUAGUUUGAACUUCAGGACCAAUAUUAAAGGAUUGGCACUUAUUGCACCUCUUUAUAAUGUAUUAAUUAGUUCUUGUUACUGUAGGCAUUUUUGGAUCUUGGAGCCUCGCCUAAUUACCGAGAUCUCAAAGUAAGACUGAUUUUUCGUUUGUUUUCAGCAUAUUAUAUAUGUGUUGUACAUGGGUGCGCGGAAAUACCAUGCGAUUUAUUUCGAGUGUUGAAUAUGAUAUGUCAAGAGUGAGCGCAGCGAACGAGUGAGAUAUCAUGUUCAACACGAGAAAUAUAUUGAUCUGGUAUUUCCAAGCAUCCAUUUAUUUUUUCUGUUUAUUAUAUAAAGGACAAUUUUUACAGAAAAGCCGAAGCGAUAAUUGAAAAGCGAUUAUUUUCACAUGUGAAAUUAUCAUAAAUAAUCUCACAUGUGAGAAUAAUCUCACAUGUGAGAUUAUCAGUUUUGUCAGUGCUCGAAAUCUCUAUAAAGCACUAUACUUUAUGUAAUUAAUAUACAUAAACAUUUCAGCUAUUUAAAAAAUGAAUAAAAUCGAAACGCAGAGAUCAUUUUAAGUGCUGUUUUUCAUUCCUGCCUUAAUUCAUUUUUAUAAAGGGACUAACUCCAUUAUACCACGCAUGUCUGAGCGGUAAGAAUCCAAAUGUGGCUGAACUUCUGCUCGGUGACCAAGCUGAAAUUGGCGUAGUUGACUCGCAAGAAUGGCAAGAAAUUCACCAGGUAGUUAAACACACGAGAUUUUCCCACGCUUAUUUACCUUUGUCCUAUUUCAAGUUCUCGUGAGUGAAAGCACUUGUAACUAGGCAUGUGUGUUGCCUGAAGUUGUGAUCUGGGUCUAUUAUAGCUCUGUUCGUCCGCAACUGUGACAAUAGUAGCUGCAUGGGUAGCAAGGAUACGGACAAACAUUUCAUCCAUAUGUGUUGAAUUCGUUAAAAACAUGUUGUGUUUUUCAUGUGUUAGGUCUGUCGCUACGGUCACGUGCAACAUUUGGAGCAGUUGAUCUACUAUGGCGCUACCCUCAAUGCACAGAAUGGAUCUGGGAAUACUCCACUCCAUAUUUGUUCUCUGUAUAAUCAGGUAAGGUAGAAAGAAAGAAGAAGGAAGGAGGAAGGGAUGGGGAAGAACGGAAAUAAGAAGGUGGGUGGGAACUGUAUAGAAGGAGGGUAGAUGGGUGGCUGUCAAAUCUACCAUCGAUUUUUAUCAAGUUCAUUCUACUUGCUCAUUGUAGGAAGACUGUGCUCGACUUCUGCUCUACCGUGGAGCGAGAAGAGAUAUCGUGAAUUUUGCAAACCAAACUGCUGAAAUGGUAAGAAAACACGACAUACACGAAUAAAAGUAAUUAUAGUGUAUUCAGCUAUAGCCCUAAUAGCCUACAUGGAUUCAUGACAAAUGCUAAUACGUUUUAGGUUGCAGUGGUCGCCACGAAUGUAAGUCUGUCUACAUUUAUCCGGAAUUACAACGAAACCGACGUAGGUACGUACUGAGUAAGAAAAAUCGUGGGCAGGUUAAAUAUCAGAAACUCCCUAAACAAAGGACGUUUUGUCAACACCGACGUCAGGUUGUCGAGGUGGGACUAGAUUUUUUAAAAACUGUGUUUGUGCCAGUUUAUGGUAAUUUCAACAUGUAUUACAAAACAUGAGAUUUUUAAAGUUUUUUGCUUCCUUACACGAGCACUAGGAGGCAAAAUUCCUCCAAAAUUAGUUAUACCACGUCAUAGAUAUCUUAUAUACACUAGAUAGUGCAUCUAUAAUUAUUCUGCAAUUCAAAAAUUGAAGCCGUGAUUGCAGACUCGGGAUAUCCCCAUGAAAUGAGAAGACUCGUAUGUUUUCUAUUUCUUAAACAGGGAACUUAAACAUUAAGUUAAACCUAUUCCAAAUACAUUUUCAAACUGUUCAAAUGAUGAAAGUUAUUGUUGUUUAAGUGUUUAUUAGCGAGUGGGAAACUUCAACAUGGCCGCCAUCUAUUCAAAUGGGGGUAACCGCUGGAAUAUUAUUGGCUUCAAUUUUACUUAAUUAAAGAGAUGCGCUAUCUAGUGUAUAUAAGAUAUCUAUGGGUGACGUCCGUGUUGAUAGAAACGUCGCUUGCUGAAGCUCACAGUUUUGUCACAGGCACUGGUUGCAUGUUUUUUUUUGUACAAUCGCCUCAAAACUCCUCUUCCGCUCAAAAAGGGUUGACCUCCGAUCAUUUUCUUUCCUACUUUUAGUACCGUAUAUCGAUAAACCUACCUACAGUACCCGACGACGAACACAAUUAAAAAACCGACCUACGGCCAAUUCCGUGUUUCUCCGAGACUCCACCGACACCUUCAUAUUUUGUUCCGAGUCCCUCAGUACGACAUCAUCAACCCCGUCCAUCCACUCUGAGACCUCAGAACCCAUGUCCCUCGAUCUUUCACCCCGGGAAAUUGUUCCCCAGGUAAGCUUAAUUAAUACAUUUUCCAAAAAUUGUGUGUGUCUGUUUAGCAUGAUAACCCAAAAAUACAAGCAAAACUUCGACGUUUCGAGCGAAGGCAUGCACUUCUUCCAGACAUACAUACACACUUUAUUUAGCAAGUAGAAAUUUGACAAGUACAAAUUUAAAGUUGAUUUCCACAGGGGGCGUCUAUAUAGAAAAUAUUACAAAGAAUAUAAAAAGGAAGGAAACAAAGUCUGCUACUAAUCCACGAUGGUGUGUCCCAGAUAAAGAUAUGAUUAACUGAAUCCAGACUCGGUUAUUAACAUCAAAAAUUUUGUUUUCUACAACUUUUAACUAUAUAAAUUGAUUGAGCUUGCUUAGCUUCAAGCGGAAGGUUAUUUCAAAGAUGAGCACCGCUAUAUUUAGAGCUUCUUUUGAGAAAUUCUCUGUUUGGAAGGGUCAGAUCAAUUUGAGAAUUUCUAAGAUUAUUAUUGUUUAUAGUAAAAUAUUUCUACAUAUGAAUGAAUCUAAAUCGUGAGCUUACAAAGAUAUUUUUACGCAUCUUUGCGUUCCGUUGGUGCUGAGGCGUUCGGAUUCUAGCAGUGCGUUGUUUCAGUGGUUUGGGUUUUUUUGGGACACCCUGUACAGUAUAUACUGUGAAUUAAAAGGUCUAUAUGUUAGCAAGAGGAGGGGCACCAUGCAAUGGACUUUACGCCCAGUUUGUGCCUUGUCCGUUUGAGUACAGUACUCGCUCUAAUUGUAUGUUAGAUGAAUAUUUGUUGAAUUAAUUUGUACUCAAUAAAGUUUAACAAACAAACAAACAAAUCUUUCAGAGUUGGUGCAACACUAUUACUCAGGAGCCGGUUGUAUAAAAACGUAGUUAGCGCUAACUGCAGUUAAAAAGUAGUUAACUCUUUUUCGUUCGCUGCUGAAAUAACCAGGGGCCGUUGUAUAAAACUCUUAAUCACUUUUUUAAUCACUAUUUUGUAGUUAAAUAGUGAUUAACUCUCAAAUACGCGCUUUUUAUUGGAUUACGUUUCCACUAACUAUAGUUAACUUUAAUCACUUUUUUAUACAAUCGGCCUCAGGACUUUAUAUAAGAAUGUUGCCUUGGUUAAGUAGGCCUACCAUCUUGUUUCCAAAUUAUCCCAGUCAAGAGACGAAGGGCCUUCGCUCGAAACGGGUCAAGAGACGAAGGGCCUUCGCUCACAAUGUUGACUGUUUGCUUGUAUUUUCCAGGUAGCUCAAUCCCUCUUAAGUUAAUUAAUCCGCAGCUUUCUGGCGUUAUUAUCACAACCUACGCUAGCACAGAUCGUUCGACGUUAUACGUAUAUACGAAUCAAUUUUCGAACUCACGCCAGCGUCUUAGCUAGAGGGCUGUGUUGGCCGUGUUAUCGCGGCCAAUAGUGGAAAACCACGUCUAGAUAAAAUGAACGUGGCUUCAUCAUUUAUAUAAGGCCGUGUAGGUUCAUAAAAUAAGGUGGUGCUACUUGCAACAGACAGAAUUUCUUUCUAUUUACGUCGUAAGAAAGUUUGUAAAAUCUACUGUUGUUGUUGAGUUGGCAAAAGUAAUCCGUGAUGUUUUAAUGUUUUGAUGGAUAAUGGCAACUGUAUGGUGUUAAAAUGGUUUUAAAUACCCCCAAGAGUUGCUGAAAUAACUUAAUAUUUUAAUGUCAGUGCGCAAUAUGAGCGUAUGCUCGCCUUGUAUUUGGUUGCAAAGCAUAAUUAUAGAACAACCACAUGCAUUGUUGUUGGCGAGCAUAAAUAGAACCGUGAUUGGCUAUUCAAGGUAAUUGACAUGUGAACGCCCUGGUCAUUAGAAACACACCCAAGAUCUAAAAUCGUAGCUAAGACCCUGACUCACAAAAAUGCCGUACCUAAUUUAAUUGAAUUCGGUACGUGUGAAGUGUGUUGUAUGAAAGGGGCUUUAAGGCGCUGUUACACUAAGCAACUUGACUCGGAACUUGUCUCGCAAUGUUAAGAAAAACAAUUUCAGGAUUGCAUUGCAAGGGAUGUUAUUUACACCAAGCAAUAUGUUCCACGCAACUUGCAAUGAUCAAUGUUAAAAAUAGUAUAAAAACCGCGAGUGCUAACGUUUGGCGCCAUAUGGUCAAUCAAAAGCGAAUAGGAAGCCAUUCAGUGUAUAAGCAUUGCGAGACUAGUUGCAAGAGGGAUGUUACACUGUGCUAUGCUUUAAAAAUGCGUUGCAGCGUUGCCGCAAUCGUUGCAAAAAGUAGAACCUGAUUCUACUUCGUGCAAAGGUUGUUGCAACAAAAAUAUUGCGAGACUUGUUGAUUGCGAAACAUGAUACACCUUGCAAUUUCGCGUACAACGUGUGUCGCAACAAAAUUGCGAGGCAAGUUGCGAGACAAAUUGCAUAGUGUAACAACGGCUUUAGUAAUACGCUUUUUUCCUGCUUUAGGUCAGAGUGACAGUGGCCGAAGAAAGCCCAAGCAGAAAGCCGAAACGAAGACGGACUUUGAGUGGGUCUGGAUCGGACUCCUCCUAUGCCAGUGACUCCGCGGACGAGGGAGGCUCAAACCUGACCUCCCCCGUUCUCUCGCCCACCUCUGAUGAACUGAAUUUGCGCUGGAGAACCUACUCUCUAUCCUCUCUCAACAAGGAGGAGAGGGGGAAUAUCCCCAGAGUAAAAGAGGUGAAAGGGGCCGCGAACAUGGGUCCCAACCCUGGAAAGAGUAACUCACGCAAGACCUAUGUAGCUGUGACUAACUUCACCCCCACCCAAGCGGGGGAGUUGUCGUUGGCGGAGGGUGAUCUCGUUGAAGGUAAAGGUGUACACUUAUCGUAGAUGGUUUUCAGCAAGCACUUUGUGCAGAAGAUGGUGGACAAGCUAAACUCGGGAAUAUUUUUGUAGGUUACCUCCGUCUGAAACCCAUCCGUACUGAGGUGUGUCUGACUUUCAAUUGUAUGUUUUUGUAUAGUGAUAACGAAGGGUGAGAAGGGCUACUGGCAAGGUUCGGUUGCUGGAAAAACGGGUUGGUUCCCAGCCGAGUGUGUGGAAGACCUAAAGAAAAGUAAGCUUAGUUUGUAUGCAAACCUUUGUAGAACACGUCUGUUCACAUUGUCUUUUCCUACUAGAUUCAGAGGCUUAACAUCAUUUGUAAUUAUUGUAUACCGUACGGUGGUAUACACUCAAUUGGAAUAUCCAAUCCACAUGUACGACAGAUAUAUAAUUGUCGAUUUCAAAUCACUUUUCAACGCGCGGUUCCCAAGUUCGUUGCGAGCUUGCCAAUUGAUGAUUCCCCUUAUUACGUUUUCGUAGCGCUUUGCAUUGUGGUUAUAGUGGUAUCACUGAUAAAGAUAGCGACCUCGAAUUAAAAUAUUGAAUGUUUUCGCGAAUAUUUUGCUGUUUGCUAUCGCGCACCUGAGCCUAGCUUUUUUUAAAAGUUCUUGCAUGGGUCAGGACAAAAAAUGAGCCAUCUUAAAUAUCAGUGAUACCACUAUAACCACAAUGCAAAGCGCUACGAAAAACGUAAUAAGGGAAUCGUCAAUUACGUUUCCAAGUUUGGUAAUUGGGCGCGAACUUCGCAACAAAGUUCGCAAGUUUAUUUCACUGUUUGAACUUCGUUUGUAAACAAAUGUUCAUACUCAAUAAUAAUAACCAAUUCAAUGAAGUACAAACCUUCUUGGCAGCCAACUGGACCAAGAACUUUCCAUUGAAUUGUUAGUUUCGAUUUGAACUAUGGACGUUUGUUUACAAUAGUUCAAACAUUGAAAUGUACUUACGAACUUUGUUGCGAAGUUCACGCCCAAUUUUUGAACUUGGAAACGUAAUUAGCAAGUUUGCGUUGAAAAGUGACUUGAAAUCGACAAUAAACUCUAUCCUUUUUUAGGGAAGCAGAACAAGUCCAAGAACUCGCUACAUAAACCUGCUUCGAUUGCGAGCUCCCUUAACAAAAGGUAAUGAAAACGUAUUCCAAAUCACAUAACAUGUGUUGGUGUCGGUUAUUAUGUAAUUCAAAUGUGUGAGUUAUGGACGACAAUUAAUAUUAAACACUAGCUGAUAUGACUAAAUUUUUCAAAGUCUUCAAUUGUUUUUUCAGUAACACAAGUUUAGACCAGCCUUAUAUUCCUCCUGUUGUGACGACACCUCAGCCACGACAAGUCAUCCUACAUAAAGUCAAAGCAGGAUUUGGAUUUCAAAUGAGAGGCGCUAACGGUAAGGCUUGAUCCAGGGCUUGAAUUUUGUCGCGGCAAUUGCCGUAGGCGUAGAGGGAGAACAAAAUGCCGUGGAUAAUUGCGGCAACGACGGCAAUUUUUUGCCAUAUAGUGCAAUUUUUAUACUAUUCACUGUGCAUUACUACUUUGAUACUUGAAUCCAGAUGUUGAUGAAAUCAUGCGUAAAUCACUAUUUUAGUCUCUAAAAUAGUGAAGAAAUACGUAGACGAAGAAAUACUAAAGAAAUACGCAGACAUGUUUCUAGCUUCUCAACAAUCCAAAGUAACAAUAAAUUACAAAUUAUUGCAGUAAUUUGAAAAAUGCCGUGGAAGCUGCUAAAAUUGCCGUAGACAGCUGUUACGUUCUUAACGCCAUUGCCGUCGAUUGAUUUCAGGGAAAUUCGAGGCCUGGCUUGAUCAUUGAUCUAUAAAUAAUACUGACUAAUAUUGGGUUUCUGUGGCGGAUGUUACUAACUUCCCAACGUAGGGCCUUCGCUCGAAACGUCGAUGCCUUGCUUGUAUUUGUUCAGGUAGUUGAAUCCCUUUCAAUCUGCAGCUUUCUUAUCUGUUCCUUGCAUUUAAAUGAGUGAGUAAACUAAUGCUCCCCCCCGUAUUUAGUUCCAGCCGUGAACAAACUGGAAUUUAAACCAUCGGCAAAGAUACCAGCACUGCAGUAUGUUGGAGACGUGGAACCGGGGGGUGAGGCUGAAAAUCGCGGAGUCAAGAAAGGCGACUAUAUCUUAGAGGUAUGCUUGACGAUACAUAGUCAAUCAAGACAUGAUGAUCUGGAAACUUAACCGAAGUCAUUGUGUUAUGUUUUUGUCUCAGUUUAUGUUAAUUUGUGCACGGUCAAGGUGAUUGAACUCGUUGUAUUUUCGUCCAAUAGGGAUAGCUGAGGUGAUUUAAAUGGUCCAUUGGUUCUACUUUUGAUCAUAUUAGUAUAUGAUUCGACCAAUCAGCUGGCGUACAAUUUUAUUCCUCCUUCAUUUUUAGGUUAACGGAAAUGACGUCAAAACGGCGAGUCACCGCCACGUUGUUAGUCUGAUCAGAAAAACCGGACAAACCCUGGUCAUGAAAUUGAUCUCUGUAGAUGAUGGCGAACAUUUUAACAAAGCAGCCCGAUCUGGUAGCCCCUCGGAAAUGUUACCCCCCUCGAUGCCACCCCCGGCUCCCUCGACGAAUAAGGACAAACGGAGCGGUGUGAUAGUUAAUGGAACUGGCCAUGUUGAUGGAACCGCCGACAAGAGACCGCCUCCCAUACCAUCAAGGGCGCCUACGACGUCAUUGUCCAGCAGACCCAAGGAUGCGAGGAUGUCUGUGACAGGUAUGGACACGUGCGAACAAGGCUUAGACCAAAAUAUUGUUCUUGUUUUUUUGGCCAAAACUUCAAUCACAAAUACAAUUACAAAAUAAAACACACACGUCACGAACAAAGACCAUAUUUUAUAAUAAAACGAAAUCCAGAUAGCAUGGUUCAUUUCAGGCCAGAACAAAUCCGUUAUUUUAAAGGCUCUGUUACACUAUACAUACAUCUUGUUGCAUCUUGUCUCGCAACUUGUCUUACAAUGUUAAGAAAAAGUUGUCAUCAUUGCAUUGCAAGCGCGAUGUUACACUAAGUAUUAUAUGUUUCAUGCAACUUGUGAAAAUUUUGUGAAAAGUUUAGGGGGAAAUUUUCAGCCAAAAGCCAAUGGGAAUUGGGAAGGCAUUCAGUGAGUGAACAUUUGUUUGGGUUAUUUUCUAAAUUUGAUAAACAACAUUUCUUUUCAGACAUGGAUUUCGAGAUGAUACCCGCUGUGAAAGAAGAUCGCAUUAUUUCCGUACCCAGAGAACGCAUCUCCUCCGCCGAGCAGCAAUGGCAUUCACCACUGACCGGUUACAAUUCCUUACCGCGGCGCCCAAAAAGCUCCUAUGGUGCGAUCAUAGGCAGUCCUCAUCCAAGCCCAUAUAUAUCGGAUGAAACUCCCUCUAGGAACUUUCGCCCCGUCCAGACCGUAGACAAUACUGGGUUUACCACCCUGCCUUCUAACGCUCGCCGCUUUGCAUCCCAAGAUGACUCAGUGGUUUCUCGCAGACGACCAGGUUCGGCUCGGUCAAGCAGGGACCGCCCUAAAUCAUGGAUGCCUAAAGUUUUACCCACAGAACCCCCUCCUAUUUCUCCCCCCGUCCCCCAGGAACAACUUCCACCUAAGCAAAGUGAAGACUUCAAACCUGUUGCGAGGAUGGACUCGAAAAGGGACAAAAAGAAACGAUUUUCAUUUCGAAAAAAGAAGGAAAAGGAUUAUAUUGCUACCUCUGCCCCAGAGCCGACAGAGCCGGAAGACGAGCGUGGGAACAAGGAUGAUGUCACCACUAAUGACGUCACCGAGAAUCUUCACAUCGAAGGCGAGGAGAAUAGGCCGAAUUCUUUACCAGGUCUUAAUAAAAGGUUGUCUACUUUUAAACCGGUCACAGUACCCCAUAGACAUAUCGUCCACACUAAUGCAGUGUCGCCCGAACUUUCACAAGCACUAGAGAAACGAAAAUCGCGGGGUUUUUCUUCCAGUACCGACGAAACGGUCUCUCCGGUAUUUUCCCCUGGGCAUGAAGUCCCCGUGCCGGUCUUCCCCCCUCCUCCCGGCCACGCUCCGCCCAACCCACCCAAAGCAAAGUCACUGGAGGAGUCGAUCAAAGAGGAGAUGAUGCGCCGAAGAAGUAACACUGCCCCAGCUUCGUCUAUUCCCGCUAAACCCCGCCGGACGUUCGAGUACAAGAAAUCUAACGGCGAGCCUCUACUGGAGGGAGAAGAGCCCCCGGGAGAAGAAGGAGGGUUGGACUCCGAACUCGCAAAGGCAGUUGCAAGACGGGCAGCUAAAAUGACCGCUGCGCCGAAAAAAGAUACACAUAUCUACGAAAACGUGCAAAAUUUGAACAUUAAUGCCUCCAGGGAACCGAGAUCCUCUGUUGAAGAACCCCCGACUUUAAGCAUCGAAGAGAAACUGAAGAAAUUGCAUUUAGAGGGCGAGGUUAUUCUGCCUACGAAGUUCAAACCACCAGUAGCUCCCCCACCGGGGAAAAGCACUAGGGCAAAACCGCCGUUAGAGGCUCCUAGUGGGAAGGCUACAUCACCUGGAGAUGUUCCUCGUCGGUUUCAACCCACGGGAAAUUACCUCCCAAAACCUUACCUAAACCUAAAAAGAAGUCGCCGUCAACUGCUUCGGAUUCUGGAAGUGAUGAUGUAA